CUGGACUAUGAUUUUUCUCUAGUCUUCAAUGAAUUCUCCCCCUUAGAUGUCAAUGAAUUUUCAUUCUCUCCCUAGGACACGUAUUCUAGACUAUGAUUUUACUCUACUUUCAGGAGAAUGCAAAUUUGAUACGGCAGAUUGAUCAUGAGACAGUAACAUCAUUUGAACAACAGUUUGUAGAGGCUAUCAAAGCUUUGUGGGCUGACAGUGGAAUACAGGAGUGUUAUGAUAGGAGGAGAGAGUACCAGCUGACCGAUUCGGCUAAAUAUUACCUUGAUGAUGUUGACAGAAUAACGCAGCCCGAUUAUUUACCAUCUUUACAGGAUAUCCUUCGAGUGAGAUCCCCAACCACGGGCAUCAUAGAAUAUCCAUUUGACUUGGAUAGUAUAAUAUUUAGGUAACCUUUUUCAUCAAUC